AUGAUUAUUUUGCUUCUAUUUCUAUUGAUUCCUUCAAUUGGUAUUAAUGCAACUCAUUUCAAUGGUGGUACUAUCACAUGGGCACGUACUGAUCCUUAUACUAAUUCAUCUUCAGUUGGCAUAACUAUUACACAAAUUUAUUCAUGGAGUUAUCCUACUGUAUCUUGUAACACAGGUGUUCCAGUGUCAAGUGGCUACGGCAAUGCAAAUCUGGCUUGCAUCGCUAAUUGUUCAACUGAUGGUGGUUAUUCAAAUGCACCUGUCGACAUUUUAACUGAUUGUACUUAUUAUAGUUCUACAUUAGGCAUGAUGUCAAGUGAACGAUCAGUCAAUAUUACGCUUAACACUGGUGCAUAUUUUUAUUUAGCAUAUAAAGGAAGUGCUUGGAGAAAUUUGUAUACUAAUUCAAAAAGUGGUCUUGGUUGGUCUGUUGUAGCUUUAAUUGAUCUUCGCUUACGACCUGAUGGUAUAAUUAAUAGUGCACCAGUAGUAAAUAUUCUUUCACCUCAGUACAUUUUUGUAAAUACAAUGACUCUCAUUGAUAUACCUGUAUCAGAUUUCAAUACAGGUGAUGAUGUACGUUGUCGAUGGGCAGUUAAUGAAGCAAAUGGAUCGUUUAAGGAAUGUAGUGAGAUAUGUUAUCCAGGUGGCUUACCAAAUGAUACAACUCUAUCCAACUGUACUAUUUCGCUUACAGGACUAAUAUCAAAUGUCUGGUAUCCUAUUGCUUUACAGGUAGAAGAUUUUAUCAAUAAAACAAGUACUGUACCAAUGAGUUCAGUACCAGUUCAAUUUUUAAUUUAUGUUCAAGCAACACCAGCAUGUACAAUAUUACCUGUUAUUGUUUCUUUGACAGAUUGUUUAGAAGUUCAAGUUGGUGUAACAACGAACUUUACUUUAUAUAUAGAGAAUUUAUGCAAUUCCAGUGCAACAAUCACUGAAGUUAUGAUAGCUAAAAAAAUUUCUGGUAUGACAGCUGGUAGUGUAAAAAAUUCGACAACAAAUACAUUGUCGUAUAUACAACUAACUUGGACACCACAAUCUAGCCAAAUUGGAACACAAAAGCUAUGUGCAUAUGCUCAUAAUAGUUUAUCGGUACGUUCAAAACAAUAUUGUGUAACAUUCACAGUAACAACAUCAUCUCCAAACUGUCCAGUGACAACGGGUGCUGCAGGAAGGCGUCGUCGAAGAAGAACACAAAUGGAAGAAAGAAUUGAACAACAAAAAUAUUCUCAAUUACUACCAUCAUUCGUCACUCGAAAUCUUUCAUUCGACAUAUUUAAUAACAAUUAUCUAUUUCGCAAGGUAUCAAACAAUCGAGACAACACAAGUAUUCGUCGUUUAAGUUUUCAAACAUCAUUGUUAAGCACACCAAAAAAUCGAAUAUGGUUUACCGAUAGUGGAAAUAACAGAAACCAUAAUAUCGAUCAAUCAUUUGCAAAAGAAAGCGCUCGAUACAAUGUAUCAGAUCGUCAUAACAAUAAUGUUACUGAAGUUCUUCGAAACCAACUAUCAACUGUUGGCAACCAUGCACAACUCAAUAAUAGUCAAAGAAAAUAUAGGAGUAAUACUACCACUACAACUAAUAAUAUCAGUAGAAAUAUAACUACUGAAGAUGCGAAUGCAUCAAUAUAUUACAAUGAACCUAUGUCUGUCAUUAAACUGAACGGAGAUGGAACACCAACCGUCCGAAAACAUCAAAUAAUAAAAGUUAAUCGUCCUAUGACUGUAGCACGACAACGAAGUCGUUCUAUAAAUAGAUGGAUUGAUAGUCAACCGGUCACAGGAGGCCCUUCAUCAAGAAUUGGUAGUGUUACUAUUACCCGAGUAAGAAGUUUAUCUAAGAAUAGUAAACCAAACAAAAAUAAUGAAACGACUAAAGUUCAUGAAGGUGAUGGAGAACAUACAAAUAAUAAAAUAAAUGUUACUUCAGUUAUACGUAAAAAGUCAAAAAAUCGAUCACAUUAA